AUGCGCCCGCAUAUUGUCACCUCAGCUGUUCUAUCCUUCUCUAGAUUCAGCACAACCUCGGCCAUCACACCUAAAACAUCAAGUCUAGCCCUCAAGACUUUAGCAGCAACUUGUUCUCAGAGAUCAUUAUUCACCUCCAGCGCAUCCCAGUGCCAACCUCCUAAGUCUCAAACCAAAACCACACACACGACCUCAGCACGCUUCAGUACUACUCCUAAAAUGGCUGCUCCCGUCAAGGCCGAGUCCUUCCUGGACCUCAUCAAGAACCGCCGUACCUACUACGCUCUUAACAAGAGCUACCUAUCUCUAAGAGUCGCAUCCAGGAGAUUGUCAAGCAGAACAUCUUCGAGGUCCCCUCGUCUUUCAACUCCCAGUCCAACCGCGUUGUCGUCCUCUUCGGUGCCGACCACGACAAGCUAUGGGAUAUCACUUCCGAGAUCCUCAAGACCAUCGUCCCCGCUGACGCCUGGGAACCACCGCUCAACGUAUGAACGGAUUCAAGGCUGGUGCCGGAACCGUAAGUCCUAUUCUUCGAGGACCAGAGGUCGUCCACAAGAUGCAGGCCCAGUUCUCUCUAUACAGCGACAAUUCCCUAUCUGGGCGCUACAGUCCGACGCCAUGAUCCAAUUCCGCGAUCUGGACGCUUUCACCGCCGAGGGUCUUGGUGCUAACCUUCAGCACUACAACCCUCUGAUCGACGCCAAGGUCGCCAGCGAAUGGGGCAUCCCCGACAACUGGCAGCUCAAUGCCCAGCUCGUCUUCGGCGGCCGCGCCGGCGAGCCCGGUCCCAAGGACCAGCUCCCUAUCGAGGACCGCCUUAAGGUCUUCGGUGCUUAG